AUGGACGACAAGGGCAGCGACGAAACUGAUGGUUACGCAGCUGCGGAGAUAGACAAGAGCGAGAAAUUGGAACCGGAGAAGGAGCGAGAAACCCUAGCUAUGGAUCAUAUUCAUGAUGAAGGUGUUCGAGAAUAUUCGUCAGUGGAACCAAAUUGUGAAGAUGUCAUGGAGAAGGCUAGCGGCACGGAAUGUGAUGUAGGUGCAAGUGUAGAAACAUCUACUUGUCUGACUGCGUCGCCAAAUCCGUCAAUGUUGGAGACAUCUCUAUCUUCGAAUACUUCAGCUGCACAUGGUGUAUCAUUGGUUUCAGUUCCGUCUAAACAAGAGCAAAGAUCUGAUUCUCGGGUGGUUAGCAACUUGUCGGUUUCUCCGGUUCUGAAGACACCGGCUCGUGAUGGUUAUCAUUGGAGAAAAUAUGGGCAGAAGCAGGUUAAGAGUACCAAAGGAUCACGGAGCUACUAUAGGUGUACCUAUUCUGAUUGUUGCGCGAAGAAGAUUGAAUGCUCCAACGAUUUAGGAAACGUGAUAGAGAUUGUUAACAAAGGUUUGCACAGUCAUGAACCUCCCCAGAGGAGUAGCUUCUCCCCAAGAGAGAUUAGAGCUGUAUCAGCUGUCUCACCUGUUUCACAGGACAAUACAGCAGUAAAAGAGCUAGCAAUAGUCCCUAGCGGUUCAGCUCGGUCCGCUUCAACUAAAGAAAACAUCUGUCAGUCACUAGCAAUUGUUGAAGGGAAGAGAAACUGUGAGAACAAAGCUGUGGAGGAACCAGAGCCAAAGCGGAGACUGAAAAAAGGUAACUCACAAAGUUCGGACUCUGUCUCCAAACAUGGAAAGAAACAUAAAGUUGUAGUACACGCAGCUGGUGACGUUGGUAUCUCUGGUGAUGGAUACAGAUGGCGUAAAUACGGGCAGAAAAUGGUGAAGGGGAAACCUAAUCCGAGGAACUACUACCGUUGUACUUCAGCCGGUUGUCUUGUCCGUAAACACAUUGAGACAGCAGUAGAGAACAGAACAGCUGUGGUUAUCACAUACAAAGGAGUACACAACCACGACAUGCCGGUGCCAAAAAAACGCCAUGGUCCUCCUAGCUUAGAGCUUGUGGCUGCAGCUGCCCCAACAUCAAUGAGAACCAGGUUAGACGAUCAUGUGAAUAUUUCCACCUCAAGCCAGUGCUCGGUGGGACGAGAAGGUGAGAAGCAGAGUAGUGACCCAUUGGAUGUUGGUGGUGGCGAGAAAUCUACUCCGAUGGCGAGCCUUCGAUGCCUCCGUGAGCUAAGCCGUCGCGUUCUCUCGAUCAACCAAACGAGAUUGAUCUCUUCAGCUCGGCGAUUAGAGCUUCCAGUGACCGGCAUUACAUCUCAGAAUCGACCUCUCACUAGGGAUUUGCCAUGGUAUCGUUCCCAAGGUCGACAUUUCUCUUCGAAAACGAACGAUACUGAUGAUGAAAGCAGCGAAGGAGAAGACGAGGAGUACGAGGAUUCGGCGGAGAUGGAAGUAGAAAGAGAGUAUUCACCGGCGGAGAAAGUAGAGGCGGCGAUGGAGAUUGGGUAUAAGGUGAUGGGUCCUUUGAAACCUUCGGAGAGAUUAUUCAAACCGUAUGAGCCAGUGUUUGCGGUUGUUCAGAUUGGUUCGCAUCAGUUCAAAGUAAGCAACGGGGACUCUAUCUUCACUGAGAAGUUGAAGUUCUGUGACAUCAAUGAUAAGUUGGUACUGACGAAGGUUCUUCUAUUGGGAUCGGCAAGCCAGACGAUUAUUGGUAGGCCUAUCUUACCUGAUGCCACUGUUCAUGCUGUUGUGGAAGAGCAUGCCUUGGAUGAGAAAGUGCUCAUUUUCAAAAAGAAACGAAGAAAGAAUUAUAGGCGAACUACAGGACAUCGACAGGAAUUAACAAAGUUGAGAAUAACCGAUAUACAAGGAAUUGAGAAACCAGAACCGAAGAUUGUCCAUAAGCCUCCCAAGGCAGCGGAGCAACCAGAGGCUGAGCUAGUUGCUUAG